CAAAUUUUCUUUAUACGUGGGCGUUAGUAAGAAUUGAUGGAUCUUCGCAGUCACCGCCUGUAAACAACCGAUUAGUUUCCCUGUGCCAGACUUUUUGAUUCCCGAGCAAUGGAGCGUGCUCGACAAGCCGUUCAGGUUUUCGGUCGCAAGAAAAAUGCCACUGCGGUGGCUCACUGCAAAGUUGGCCGCGGAAUUAUUCGCAUCAAUGGGCGGCCGAUGGAUGUGUUGGAGCCCAAACCUCUAAUUCCAAAAUUGUUGGAGCCGAUAUUAUUGAUUGGAGGUGACCGAUUUGCCCGGCUGGAUAUCCGCGUGCGCGUCAGUGGUGGUGGACGGGUUGCACAGAUGUAUGCUAUUCGUCAAGCUCUCGCUAAGUCUGUUGUCGCCUUCCAUCAGAAGUACGUUGACGAGACUUCCAAGAACAUUAUGAAGGAGAAACUCGUUCAGUACGACAGAAGCCUGUUAGUCGCCGACCCUCGUCGUUGUGAACCGAAGAAAUUCGGUGGCCCUGGCGCCCGUGCUCGUUACCAAAAGUCUUACCGGUAGUGUAUUAUGGCUCUAAAUAUAUCCAGUACGUUCGCGG